AUUUAUAGCGAAGAAAUCAAUUUGAUCGGUAAGAAGAGCGCUGUUAUGUCGGGCGUUGCUGCUCUUCAAUACAUUUCAUCAUCAAUGGCGACUUUUGUCACUGUCAUCACUCUUGUACUAACUGGUCAGCCCCUGACGACAGUUAACGUCUUCACGUUACUCUCCUUUAUCAAUCUGCUGAGAUUGAGCUUCUGUGGGGACCUGUCCUAUGCAUUCAUCCAAUCCUAUGACGCAUAUGUUUCACUGAGACGAAUACGAGACUUCCUUCUUUUGAACAACCUUGAAUCAAAUAACACCAGGAUGUAUCAGCAGGAAGGAGCAGAAACAUUCUUACCUCACAAGUUAACAGAUCCUCGACAAAGUAAUAUCUUAAGCGUGACACGUUUUACCCAGCAAAAGCGACAGAUCAGCCUAGACGACGAAUUAGUGCUCCAAAAUAUAAACUUUACAGUUGAAAAAGGAAAUUCAACAGUUAUAACCGGACCAGUGGGCAGUGGCAAAUCUACUCUUCUGUCAGCAAUUGCUGGCGAGGUACCAGAUCGAAACGAGGCCAUAACCUACAAAGGAACUGUUGUUUAUGUGCCACAGAUUCCCUGGAUAUUCUCUGGAACUAUUAGAGAAAACAUUUUGUUUGGUGAACAGUACGAGGAAGCUAAGUACAACAGAGUCAUUGAAGCAUGUGCUUUAACUCAAGACAUCGAGAAGUUUCCAGACUGUGACCAAACGAUCGUUGGAGAGCGUGGCGUGGUGCUUAGUGGUGGCCAGCGGGCAAGAGUAAGCUUAGCACGCGCAGUCUACGCCGAAGCAGACAUUUACUUGUUGGAUGAUCCCUUAAGUGCUGUAGACUUUAAAGUUGCUCAGCACAUUUAUAGAGAAUGCAUAAAAGGCUUACUCGGACAGAAAACCCGAUUAAUAACUUCUCAUCAGGAACGGGUCAUGCGAGAAGCCGAUGACGUUAUCGUAUUAUAUAAAGGCCGAAUGUUGGGUAAGGGAAGUUUCACUGAGCUAAAAGACAGUGGUAUCCUGAAUACAACUGUUGAAUCAAUUAAUGAGAAAGAAAACGGAUCAGAUUAUAUUGUUGGUCAGAAAAGUGAAGACGAAGAUGACAUUCCUGACAUGAGUGGUAGACCUGUACCCAGUGAAGUGCAGGGUCUCCCUUUAUCAAAAGAAGAUCAAGCCAUCGGAGCGGUAUCCGCAAGGCUCUACUGGAACUACUUUAGAAGUGGAGUACCUUUGCUGGCAAUAAUCACAGUAAUCUGCUUGUUUCUCAUUAGUCAAGGUGAGGCCUUAAGAUGACCUGAAUUAUACAGUUAUGUAUCACCUCACGGGAAAAACUAUGAUUUUCACUUAUUAUUAUGUUCAUAAUUAUUCAUAUUAUCAUUCAUAUUCGUUUCUGAUUAGCGCCAAUCCCCCAGAUAAUUCUUUUUAGUAAAAUCCAACUAGCGUCUAUUAUCAACACUGCGUUCUGAUUGGUUGAAUAACUACUAAGCUAUAUGUUACAGCCCACUAGUAGCGAAAAGCGCCUGCUUUUUGGCGGCAAAAAAGGAUUAAAGUCUGUCUUUAACUACCUAAAAAAUUUUUAUUCUCGAUAUUUUUGACCAACUAGUUGGAUUUUACUAAAACAAUUAUUCCUCUCGCCCUCAUGGCCUCUGAGUCAAUAGCCCAUGAGGCCGAAAUUGACUCAGAGCCCAUUCGGACUCGAGGAAUAAUUGUUAAAUAACCACCCGGUGGUUAUUUGCUGGAAGAUGUAGGUAAUAUACAACCGAUACGACUACGUCAAAAAAUAGCUCGAUGGAGGUCUUCUACUUUUUAAGGAUUUUCUGCAGCAAAAAAUAAACCGUGACGAGAAACAAGGAAAGUUUUUGAAGAGAUUCCACGAAGAGGUAAGGUUGUUAAGAAAAUAAAAAUAUUUCAAUGAAUGAUAGAACAAUUAUUGAAUUCAGGUUUCAUAUAUCGCAAACUGUCCUCAGCCUUCGGCCUCUGUGGAUAACGCCCGCCUUAAUCUGAAAAUUUUUUUACAUCAUACUCAGCCUCAUUCCAUAAUGUUAAGAACUCGCUAAGGGUGAUAAUAUGACUUCGAAUGGACAUCCGUACUUUAAUUUUGACGAAUGUGCUGGAAAACAGAUUCUAGAAAGUCAGUUUAUUAUUGCAUUUUACAAAAAAUAAAAGUAGCUCAAGCAACUUUUCUUUUCGUACGAUCAAAUCGGCCGACUCCGCAUCGUCUGUGAAGAAACAUAUCCUUAGCCAAAAUGUCUUUUCUUUUUAGGGGUUAGCUAGCUAGGUGAAAAUGAGUAAGUGUCAUGACUGGCGCUGGCUAUGCACCGAAGUGAAUCCAGUGCAAUUAAAUGUCCACGUGAAAACUAAGUGAUGUGUGACGUCUGUUAUGAAAGUGCAGACUGCUCUAUCAAAAAUACAAGAUUGGUUUUAUUGUCAAAUUCCGACCGUUGUAAUUAGAAUUGCCCCUCACUGAUAAGAAAAGAAUAAGAGUAAGAUUUUGCCUUUGCAUAUAAUGGUUAUGGUUAGACUGUCAUCGUAAAAUGUCUCCAUGGCGGCAAACGGGAAGGACGACAGCGAUAGGUAGUGUUGCUCACUUACAGUAGCGUCGUUAUGAGAUAGUCACCUGACUUGAGCAGUAAAACACUCCAAAAGGAGUGACUGAUAACUAAAAAAGACUGUUAACUACCAGGGUUACAGCAAAAACGCAAGGUAAAAGAAAGGAGGAGGGAGGGAUGGCAUCUAACCUCGCCUAAGAACAAGAUUAUGGUGACUCGUGGAAGAACCAGCAGAUCUAUACUCGCACAAUAGUACGGAAGGGAGAGCAAAAACAAGGUGCGAACCGAUAGAAUUGUGUUUUUACUAUGAUAUAUCCUAUUUUGCAAAGAAAUAAAUUUUCUUAGAUAAUCUGUGAUGAGCUAUGUUUACACAUUUAAAUAUUCAAGAAAUAUUGAAUAACGCUGAGUAUGGUAAAGAAAAUUAUGCCGACCGAGGAGGGUGUUAUGCAACGAGGUCCAAGGCCGAAUAAAGGGAAGACAGUCUCCGGGAACUACACAUCUUGAUAUCAUACAAAAGCCUAUCAUUAUUUUCCUGAUAUUAUUUUUAGCAAUCAUGGUUUACUGCGAUGUGUGGCUGUCACGUCUGACAAAGAAACGUCCAGGAGAUCAGACGAAUGAGUCAGACCUCAUCAUCUAUGGCUCCCUUGUUGGGGCGUCUUUGAUAUUUCUCUUCAUUCGAGCGUUUGGUUUCUAUCUGCUAUCUUUACGAUGUUCUGAGUGUCUUCAUGAUAGAAUGGUGGCGGCUAUUCUUCAAGCACCGGUCUUUUUCUUUGAUUCAAAUCCCUUGGGAAGAAUCAUGAAUCGGUUUUCUAAAGAUAUUGGCGCCAUGGAUGAAGUACUACCCAAAACGUUUUUUAGAGCAAUCCAAAGGACGUUGCUGAUGUUCACCUCAAUUCUUCUACCAACUGUUAUAAACCCUUGGCUUCUGUUUGCUGUUAUGCCAAUAGCUGUGUUAGCGGGACUUGUUUCAAGAUAUUACUUAAAGACGUCAAGGGAACUAAAAAGAUUGGAGUCGAUUAAUCGCAGCCCUGUCUAUUCUCAUUUUUCGGAAACCCUCGAUGGACUGGAAACGAUUCGGACAAGAAACCGGGAAGGAAAUUUCACGGAUGCAUUUUGCAGGUAUGUCACACUUAACGCAGUUUUUUUAAUUAUCUAAGUAUAUAAUCAUUUAAGAAUAAAAAUCAACGAUAAAAAUUUUGAAUGACGUUUCGAUGAUUCGCUCAUUUGAAAAUGAGCGGAAAUUUGAAAAUGAUGAGCGAAUCAUCGAAACGUCAUUCAAAAUUUUUAUCGUUGAUUUUUAUUCUUAAAUGUUUAUCGAAAGCGUCUCUUAUUAAGUAUAUAAUCUUGAGUUAAAUGAGUUUACGAUUUAAGCUUACUCUGUAGAGGAUAAAGUAACUAGGGUAAAGUGAGUGCACGAACCCUUAUGUAAUGAAUUCCCCCGUGCUAAUAACAGGACAUUCUUGGACUUAGUUCAUAUACAAAAAUGAUACCGCACUAUCCCGAUAUAGAGUGCCCAUGUUAUGACGACCGAUCUCUGCAUGAUUCUCUUGGCCGGCAUUUUGGUAUUUAGGGAUUUAAUAGUAUUUUUAACACCGCAACUAUACUGUCGACGGCACGGCAAGAUUCCUUGCAACGCACGUAGUCUUCUGCCUAUGAAGACAUUUUAUGGUUUAGCCCAUGGGCCUUUCCAUCUCAGGUAAAACGGCUAUUUCAAGAGGAUAUAAUGCUGUUUUAAGUCAAUUCUGUGCUGAAGUCAUAAGUUAGUGCCUUAACCCAUACACAAAAUGAUCCUGAACAGCUAUGAAGAAAUUAUCAAACAAAUUUCAUCAGGGAGCACUAGCCAUAAUAAUGUUUUUGGUGAUUUUUGCAAGCACGUCAUUAGAACUUGAAAAAGUUGGCCCAGCUUUCUCAAGCUUCAAUCCAUGUCCAUCCUAAAAAUCCGUUGCAACAGACGACAGGGAACAAUUUCAAUGCCUAAAUGUAAUGUUAACUGGCAAAACUGGACCAUUAGGUCCAGUUCAAACGUCCAACGUUUCAUGUUCCGAAACCAAUACCUAUUUGGGUCGACCCAAAUGACAUAAGUUCGGCGGUUGAUUCAGACGUCGAACAUAAUUAGUCGGACUCAAUUCAUUUUCACAAUGUGCGAUGAUCUACAAUGCUUAUCAGUCAAAUAAAUUUUAGUCGUUAAUUUUGGUGCAUUAGGUUUAGUUCGGCACAUGAAAAAUUUGACGUUUGAAACGAAGUCGCUCCACAGUCGAAAUUCUCAUCGGACUUGAUUGAUUCAGACGUCGAUUUUCUCAUGUGCUUGAUUUGAACUGGGACUGGAAAUCGGUUGAUACGCUGAAAAGGUUUUCACUUUUUGAAAAGAUUACAAAUAGCCUGACAUAGUCCCUUUCUGCAGGGCUUUCACAACCGCGGACCAAGUGGUGGUAUGUUAAACAAAGACAAAAAAAAGGUUUAUAGCUACAUCCAUAUUAUUGUUGUUCUUAGGUACCAAGAUAUCCAUACUCAGUCAUGCAUUAUGGUUUUUGCCAGUCAGCGUUGGCUUGGUGUACGCUUGGAUUGUCUCUCUGCUCUGUUGACAUGUGCUGUGGCUCUUGCUGCAGUUUUUGUGUCUCAAGAUGCUGGUAAAUUCACUAGUACAUGUAAUGAGAAACGGAACUGGUUAUUCCAUGUUUAUAUGUGAGAUUCAUUUUUCAAGAUUCCUUCCACCCUACGCAAUAUGCGAUGCAUUGGAAUAGAUAAGAUGAGAUGAGAUGAGGUGAUAUAAAGCCUGGGUAGACUUUAGCGAGCCUCAUCGAAAAUGACAUAAGUUCUUGAAAUGGCAAGGAAAACUUUUCAGAGCCAUGAAAUCUGGUCGGAUUUUUCUAAUCUUAACAAUAGGGCAAAAGACUGUUUCUUUUCCCACAUAAACAGUGCUGCUUUUUGUGCUUCGAUCUAAUGUCCCAAAACUUGGAAAAAUAUACUGAUAUAUUAACUCAGCUUAUUGAUCGUACCAUAUAUAAAUUCUUCCCUGUCUAUCUUUAAGUUUUUAUUGAUCUUGAUUAGGUUAUGUAAUCAGGAGCGGGUGAAAAGCGUGCAGAGAGAUUAGAGUUUUCCCUGGUAGGUGUUCGGUUUUGUUUUGAUGGAUAAUUUUCUCUUUCAUUUCUUCCAGUGUUAGUUGGUCUAUCUUUGGUUUACAUAGUCCAGACCGUGAAUCUAACGCAAUAUACUGUUCGUCAGUUGACGGAGGUCGAGACUCUAAUGACAUCAGUUGAGCGAGUGAUGACCUACACAGAGCUGGAAGCUGAACCUGGAUACAAAGUGGAACGAAAUCCCCCGAAAAUCUGGCCAAAUGAGGGAAGUAUCGCAUUCAAAAACAUAAGCCUAACGUACUAUUCAGGGGGUCCUCGAAUCUUGAAGAAUAUUACACUAAACAUCAAUGGAGGAGCUAAAAUAGGAAUUGCGGGCCGGACGGGUGCAGGAAAAUCUUCCUUCGUGGCGGCGCUGAUGCGCAUGCCUGAAGCUGGCGGAGAUAUAUUGAUUGAUAAUAUCAAUAUAGGCAGUAUCAACCUCCGAGACUCUCGACGGACAAUAACUGUUCUUAGACAAAAUCCUGCCCUUUUUAGUGGAACGGUGAGGCAAAAUCUAGAUCUGAUGGAGCAGUUUCAAGACGCAGAUUUAUGGCGAGCUUUGGAACAGGUGCAGCUGAAAAGUCUAGUAGAGAAUCUGGAGGGUCAGUUGGAUCAUGAAUUAUUGGAGCACGGUGCAAAUCUAAGUGUAGGUGAACGCCAGCUUAUUUGCUUGGCUCGCGUGCUGCUUCAAAAUAAGAAGAUCGUCAUCUUGGAUGAGCCCACUGCACACGUGGAUCCAGAAACAGAGCAAACAAUCUGGAAAGUAGUAAGGCACAAACUGAAAAAUUCCACGGUUAUCACAGUAGCACAUCGCUUAGACACAAUUAGAGACUGUGACAAGAUUUUAGUUUUAAAAAGUGGGGAAGUACAUGUGUUUGAUAAGUUUGAUGUGCUAUUGAACAAAAAAGGAGGAAUUUUGAGCUAA